AUGGCUGCUUCGAGGCCAGCGCGGCCCAAGCCCUUGGACUGGUCAGGUCCAUCGUACCUGACGGUCUUUGUCCGCAAUUUGAAACUACUGCAACUUGACCAGCGCGAUGAUUGGCCCGAAAUCACCCUCCGCCGUCUGUCGUCGUCAUCCGCGAACCAGCGACAGCGCAUUCGCCUAGUCGAGUGGGCUCUCUACCACCUGUUCGCCAUCUGGGAUCCGGAGGGUACUCAAAAUAAACUCCGUCCCUUUUUCCCACCGCUAGAACCCCUACAAUCCGUCAACCUUCGUGCAGCACUCUUCCGUGCUUUAACCGAAUUAAAGAAAAAUGGCGACCUAGGGCGAGAGACAAUUCUACGCAAGACGAUGCUGGAUGAUUGUAAAGGCGAGAAAUUCGAUGAGCUGCUUGCUGUAUUCUCGACGGCGGUUUUACGCAAGCUACUUGCAAUGUCCGCGACGGAUACAUUGUGGAACUCUGCUACGAAGCUUUCUAUGGCCAAUGCUAUCUCUCCGGUAGACUAUCAAAACAUUUUGCCACUCAUCGUUGCUCAUCAAGUUUCCCUCGGUGCGGCAGGGGGGCGCCGUGCACGGGUGCAAGAGGCGUACGAACAGUUUUCGCAGCUGCUUGAUAACAAGAAGAUCGAGCUUUCGGAGCGCGCCAACAAGCAGGAUCAGAACUUGGGUCAGAUGCAGGUUGAUCCGGACACUUUGGCACGUGAGCUUCGAGCCAAUUGGUUGGGGAGUGAGGAAUGGGCUACCGCGUUGCUCGACGGCGGUGCACAAGGUAGCACAGAUGCUUUCUUGGAGCUGCCAUUCUCACAGGCCUGGGCUCGUGCAACCGAUUCAUCAGUGGCUGAUCUAAGUGCCGGUGCCAAGCAGGACCUAGUUGUUGAUCUCGAGGCACGAGUCUUGCGGCUCCGGAGCCGACUACGCAGGUGGCACGAGUUCAAUGAGUCCAUUCGCAAGGAACGUGAUCAAAAUGGUUCUUCUGCCAGUGCAAAGCCCCAAGAGCCUCGCCUGCUAUUCCGUGAUCAUCAGCCUCUCACGGUGGCAAGUAUCUCCAAAGCUGUACGACAGCCCGCGGAUCGCAGAAGGGUGCUUAAGGACGUAGAUCGAUCAUUCAUGUCGACCGUCAAUGAGGCCAUCAUCCGUAUCAAUGGGAAACCUCGGAAUGAAAUGAGUCGCAAUUUGUCUGACAACAGCAUUAAGGUCCAUCCACUGCCAGUUAGACCAAAGAGUGCCAAUUACCAAAGCACAUCGUCAUCAGAGAGCGAGGCAGAACCUCCUAUGCCUCAAGUUCCUAGAUCAACAUAUCUGAGCAGUAUGGCCCCAAGUUCUGAGCCAGAGACUACUCGGGCCAUGACCUCCACCCCCAUUGUUCGUCUCACGCCCGAGCCAGAGUCCCAACUCGAUGAGUCAGACUUCGAGCCCGUCAAACCUUCAAUCUCCCACUACAAGCUCACUGAACGCACCCGCAAAUCCAUGUCUCUGGUUCCACCUCCCCAAACACACGAAUCCCGCCCUCGUCAGCGCCGUGGUCCACGACCCUCCCUCCCUGUGAACCAAUUCGAGACUCCCCGAAAGGCCUCCGAACCCAUUACAAGAUCCGGCGCAUCGACGCCGCAAGACAAACUCUUCGAGGAAGAUGCCGAAUAUGCCAGCAUCUUCAAGUCACGGCCGCGAGUGGCGCUUAGCCCUAUCUCAUCGCCUGCAGUGCACAUCAGUCCCGAGCUUGACCAAGAUGAGUUUGAUUUGGAGUACGACAAGGCAGAGUGGAGAGAUGUGGACUCUCCGCUGGCGACAGCUAGGUACAGGUAG